GCGGACUGAGUAGAGGUCUCGAGCGGCGUGGUGGUAGUUAGACCGGCCGGUGCGCAGGGAACGUUGCGGUAGGGAGCCAUGCGACCGGCUGAAACGGCGUUUUACCCCUUUAAAUCGCGACAAUCACAUUGACAGGGUUACACGGUGAUUUGAAUUCAAUUACUUCACGAGAAUGCGAAGAGCAAGAAUUAGUAUUAAACCCAAUGUCAGGCCAGGAGGUCGAAGUGUGGCACCCACAGCAGAGAACAACAGCUCCCAAGGGUCCACAGCUGUUGAUGACACCCAGCAAAAGCUGUCAUCUUCUCCACAGUCUCAGCUGGAAGUCAAAGAGUCUGCUGUGGCGACAGGGGAUGGAAAUGUGCCCGGCUCUCCAUCAGAGAAAGCAUCACUGAACAUUAAUGAUGGAGCGCCAUCUAGUGUCAGCACACCUGCAACUACAGUACUUCAUAGGAGGAGCAGAAUCUCUGCCACACCAAACCUGGCCAGACCCAAAGUCCGUUCUGCUCCUCCAUCAGAGCCAUCCAAGACAUCAUCCCCUUUCCAGGCAGCCAAGUCUUUUCCUCAUUCCUCCAUCCCAGUUGCUAUCAGCAGAGAUGAUUCACAAAACUCGACAUUCUCAGAUGCCACUACAGCAGCUAAUUGCCCUCCAUCCUCACCAUGUCUUCCAUCCACAUCUGGCUGUCCAGAAUCUCCAUCAUCAACGCCGUCACAACAAGAGCCUUGCCGAAUUCCCCAAAAAAUCCCAAAUGAGGAUUUCGGGCCACAAGAAGGAGCCACUCCAAUUUCAUGCACACUCUCACCGUAUGUGAAACUGUCUCGUGUUGAUGGACCAGACUCUCCCCUCAGGAACAAAAUUUCUUCAGACAAGCAGCAGGUCUUGAGGGCCCUCAAACUGAAAGAACUGAUGAAGCUGGAGAGGAAGAAAGAAAGAACGGAGAAGAAAAGUAGACAGCAUAAACAUGAACAUUGCAUUGAGCCAGAUCAUGACAAAAUGACCUUAGCUGAUUUCAUUUAUUACCUGCCAGAGGCAAACCCUAUGAAGUCCUCCCUUUCCACAGAGGAGACUCAAACACAGAUCACUGCUCCACCGACUCCCACGGUGCAGAAAAAUAUGGCAGAAGCAGACGAGGAGGAAGAUGAUGAUGCUGAUGAGGAACUGCUUGUUCCCAAAGUCAGGGUGGCAGAAGAUGGCUCACUGAUCUUAGAUGAAGAAAGUUUGACAGUGCGCAUUCAGAGGACGUCUGAUACAGUUGUAGAGAAUGCAAAUCCACUGUUUGAGCGAGGCUCUACUACAACAUACACAAGUUUCAGAAAAAAAUGCCAUGUGAAAAGCUGGUCUGUCAGAGAAACGGAUAUGUUCUAUUUGGCCAUUAGUAUGGUGGGAACAGACUUUUCCAUGAUCGCUCAGCUGUUGACUCACCGCAGCAGAGCAGAAAUUAAGAAUAAAUUUAAGAAGGAGGAGAAAGCGAAUUCAUGGCGAGUGGAUAAAGCAUUCAGAAAUAAACGACCAUAUGACAGCGAGCUUUUCAGUUUCCUGCUGAAGAGGGUCUUGGCUAAAGACAAACAAAAAGGCAAAUCCAUAAAACUGGUUGUGAAAUCCAGUAAAGCAAAGAAAAGCAAAGGUGGUAAAAAAUCCAAACAGCUUGAGGACAAAGACUCACUUAAUGAUGAUGAAUUGUGCAGUGUGGACAGUGUCUGUUUUGAUUUAGAAAAGGAGAAUGAGGACAGCAGUAAUAUGAAUGAAGCGGAUGUGCCGUCAAGUACAAGCAAGAAGCGUAAACGCACAAAAGACACUGAGCCAAAAGUGUUGUCAUGUGAGAAAGCACCAAAAAAAGGUAAAUGCUUAUUGGAAGCUGAAGAUAGUGACCUUAUGUGUGUGGACAAUGACUCUGUAAACGCAGAUAAUGAAGAUCAGUCAUGUAUGUCCGUAUCAAAAAAGAAAUGCAAACAAACAAAAAAGGGUGACCAGGAGGGGAAAGAAGUGAAAACAGAAGAAAAACAGAAGACAAAGAAGAACAAAAAGACACACAAAGUACUGAAUGAAGAACCUACUGAUGGAGAAAAUGGUGCAGUGAAUGACGAGUGUAAUGAGGCAUCUGCCAUCCAAACUAAAAAACGGAAACGCUCCAAAAAGUGCGAGAAGGAAGAACAGGAACUUACAAAAUGUAAACUGAAGACUAAAAAGAGCAAAACAUCACAGCAGGAGUGUACUGGAUCUGAGCUGGGUGCUGAUUGUAAUGAAGACCCGUUAACAGACCCUGGUGCUGAAGACGAUCAAGGGGAGAAGCUCUAUCCAGAGAGAGCAACUAAGGAGGAGGUUUCACAAAGCUCCACCAAACAUUCAAAAAGGCCCAAUUUGGCAAAAAGAAAAGCCAAAAAAUGUUCUGAGCCAAAAGCAACAGUAGAGAUUGAGGAUACAGCAGAAGAAUGUCAAGAUAAGAGCUGCAGCGAAUCAGAGAAUGAGUUGAGGAUCAUCCAUCUUGCUGAGAAACAGCUCCAGAAUCAGCCGGUAGUUGUUCUGGAGAGAACUCCUCCAAGGCUAAAAGAUUCACACAGCUCAUCUGAAAGCCAAGACCAACCACAGACCUCCCAGAGCCCACAGCAUUCUCCUGGACGGCAGAUGAGAGCGGAAAAGGUCAAACGCAAUCUGACUGCUUCAGGUGAUGCUGUUGAAGUCUCGACAGCAGGCCCCGGUGUUAAAGAGGAUCAAGGGGUGAAGCUCGUUCAAGAAAGCUCAACUAAGGAGGAGAUUUCACAAAGCUUCUCCAAACAUUCUCCUGGGUGGCGGACGAGAGCAGAGAAGGUCAAACACAAUCUGACUGCUGCAGAAGGGAAUCAGAUAGACCAGUGUCAUACUGGCUCACAUCCAUCACCAGUGGAAAUGAGCAGCACUGCCAUGCUGAAUCAACUGGGCAUCCAGGACUCUAAAGAGAUGGAGGCUGAUCAACGCAUCGAAGAGGAUUUAAAUUUACAUCAUUUAGAGUUUUUAACUCCAUCUGAAGUAAAUGGUCAGACAUUACUCACAAGAGCAGUUGUGUUGGUGUCUCAUGACGAAGUGAAGCACUACCUCAGGAGUCAAGCACAAACCACUGCAGAGGAAUCAACCUCUGAGACUCCGCAGGACAUGAUACCUGCCAGAGGCCAUCAUGUGGGAGAGCAUAGGGAUGGUCUUGAUGAACAUUGCUCCUCUAGUGGUGUUCUAGAACAGAGUGUCUCUCAAGAUCAAGAUGUGAAGGAAACUGACACUGCCUCCAUUUCUGCCCAACUAAGCAUUGCUGAAAAAAGGAGAAGGAUUUUCAAGCCCAAACCCAGUCUGAGCCGGGCAGCACAGUCCAUCCGCAGACCUCUGAAUGAAAAUACCUCGUCUUUCAUACAUGACUCAACGCAGCUGCAGUGUAGCAGUCCUGAGGAAGUCCAAGUGAAGAUUGCUCCAAAUGAAUGCCUUGUUGAAGCGCACAGGGACCGUCCUGAGGAAGAGCUUACAUGUAGUGUUACUCCAGAAGUGAGCGGCCUCCAGAAUGUUAAGGAUGAUGAAGCAGAAACCACAGUAGAUGAUCUUCCUUCCUUAACAUCAAUUGGAAGUACUCCAAUAGUUAGUAAGACAGAGGACCAGGAGAUCGUACCCUUCCUUGAGAAGCCUCUGGUUCCUGACACCACACCAUCAGACAAAGAUGUGCCUGAAAGAAGAGAAUUUGAAAGGUCUCCAUCUCAGACAUCUGAGAAUGAAGAUCGAAUUACUGAUCAGGAGGGACAGGAUUCAGAGACUGUUGAGUCUGAAGUCAAAGACACCAUGAUUGAGGAACCUCAGACAGAGCUGAAGAGGGUUGUUCCAGUCAGCUGUUCUGCUGAUGGUUCCUCAGUUUAUGCUCAGGACAGUGUUGCCCCAGAGAGAAGCAGUCAGUUUGAUAAGCAAACACCCACACACCUGGAAGGGGCAUCUCUGGUCAUGAUUAAUCCUCAAAAGACCUCAGAGCCUAAUGAAGAUCCUGCUGAGAAGCCUGAACAUAAAAGUCCUGUUAAAGCCAAGCAUAGUGAUUUGGAUCAUGCCAAAGAGAAGAUCUCCAGAGAAGAUAAGCUUCUGUCAUCUGAAGAAAAUUUACAGGAACAUAAACAGGAUGAGGAUCUCCUGUCCCCUGUCCCAUUACUUAGCUUAAAACAAACUUGCACUGGUAAAGGAAACAAAGAACAAAAUGACCCAGUUCUCAGUGAUGCUUCAUCUGCACUAUUUGAAGCACACAGCCCGGUUUCAUCUUUUUCUGAUCCAACAAACGAACCUGCAAGCAACCUGUGUGAUAUGGACUUGAUGCAGUUUAGUGAGUCUGCAGCUGAAGACAUUCAAAUACCAAAUAAGCAGGAUUCAGAAAAUCAAGACCACACAGAGGAGCCAUCAGAAGCUUCUGAGGAAUGCAUUGCCUCUCUCAAUGAAAAUUCAAAAUCUGCAAUUUCAGAUUCAGCUGGAGUGGAUAAAGGUGCAGUUGGUAAUGAUGAACAGUCUGAGGAGGAGCCCACAUUUAUUUUAACUUUAUAUGAGAUUCCAGCCUCUCAGCUCUUCCAUGAGGCUGCCUUUGGGCAGCAGGACACUCCCCCCAAUGAACUGCAGCCAGCACAAGUCCAGACACCUUUGCUGUUCUCAAGCAGUUCACAUUCUCAUUCCUUCACAUCAGAGCCUUCCAGUGCAUCUCUGAACAUGGUGUCUGAAGAGACCAGUAAUCUCUGUAAAAGUAGUCCUCGCAAGGUGGUGGAUGACUUCCUCGAUCCUCUUUCAAAAGAAGCAGCAGAUGAUGCUAGUACACAAUUGAUAUCCUCACAGGAAAGCAGUCGUGAUGAUGUGAACUCUUUAAUUAGUCCACCCGGGAUGUUCUCUUGUAAUUCUGCCACGCCAACACAUGUGCCGAAGUCGGAUGAGGUCCUGAGAUUCCUGACAGAAUCCCCAGAAACUAAAGCACCUACUCAAAGGAGAUGCAAGAUAAAGGUCAAGCCAAAACUAAAGCCAUGUGUGAAGGCUGGGCCUUCAAGAAAUGGCCAGUUUGACUGUACACCUAGUCAGAAUCUACCAACAUCUCAAGCCACAGCACAAACUGAGAUUGAAUCCAAACAGAAAAUAUCUGCUCAGGAAACAGUUGGUCCUGAAAGCCACUCAAGCCUUGAAGACAGUGAGAGGGAAGCCCAUCAUGGACCUGACGGCGUGAUAUCAACAGCUAUUGUGCCAGUGUCUGAAGAUAUGAGAGAUGAGAGUGAACGUCCUCUCAGAACAGAACUCCAUAGGAACGAGGACUCUGUUGUUGACCCUCCAGUGCACAGUACGUUCAUAAAGGAGUCUGAGGGGAACAAUGAAGCUGGUUAUGAGAGUAUUUCACACACAGAGUUGGCUGAUGCCUUCGUACUCUCAUCAGGAGAAAUGAAGGAUGUUUUUAAUAAGGAAAAGGAAAGCCCUCAUGAUAGUGAGCUCCAAAAACCUGAGGGCUUAUCUGUAUGUCUUACAGAGAGUGAGAAAGCUCUUCCUGCAAUUAUUGACCAAGAGGAAAAAAUGGCAGAUAUUUCUAAAAAGCCUGAUACUUGCAGAGAGGCAUCAUGUGUGUCGUCAUCUGCAUCUCAAGAGAAAACUGUGCCCUUUAGGAGAGGCAAGUUGCAAGUGAAGCCUAAAAUCCUCAAAACGACAUCUACUCAAGAUGAUUGCUCUAGACAGAAGCUAUCUGACUUUGGGUGUAAUGAUCCAGCCACAACUCAAAUAAUUUCACCAGAACCUCUGAUUAAAGAAGAAUCCAUUAAAGUGGAACAGAGAUCAGAGCAAGAAGAUUUCUCUGAUAUUCCAAAGGAGGAAUUAGACAGAGAGCCUGCUGGGAUUGCUUCGUCCUCACAACUUCAACAGCUUAUACCAUUCAGCAUUGCAAAAACAACAGCACACACUGAAUUGCAACCAGUGGAACUGAAAAUAGAGGGUAGGCAUGAGGAUGUGUCUCACGUGGUGUUGCCUGAUAUAUUGGUGCCGGUUUCUGCUGAAAUGGAAGAUGGUGAUCAUAUGGCGAGUGGAAGUUCUGUCCAAAGCAGUCUCCAAAUUGGUGAAGAGAGCCAGCAGGUUGUCGCUGCAGAAGCAAACCAGGAGAUGCAUUCGCAUGAUGGUGUUUCACACAUGCUGCUGACUGAUAUGCUGAUCCCCGUCUGUGAGAAAAUGGAAGAUGAUUUAAGCAAGGAAUGGACAACCGCAGGAGAGAAAAGCCCUCAUGAGGAAGGGAGAUCUCAGGUGAGAGAGGAUCCAGAUACUGCAGACCUGUUCUGUCAAAUAUCGCAAUCAUCAAAUGUGGGACCGUCAGUAUCACCCAAGAGGAAAAGAGCCACUCAGGGAAAAGGCAAGUUAUUGGUAAAGAUGCCGUUUCCCAAAAGAAAGACUGGAGAUUCCCCUAAGAGUGGCGAGCAAUCACACACCGUUCCUCUGUCAAUCUUAAUGUUGGAGUCAGCACAAUGUAGUGCUAAAACAUGUGCUGACUUGGUGCCCACUGGCUCGGAGGACCAUGAGGAAGCAUCUGGAGGUGUUUCACACAUUGUGCUGUCUGAUAUUUUGGUCCCUGUAAUGGAUGAGACCGCUGAAAGCGGCCUUCACAAAGAGGCCUUAUCUGCUGGUCUUCAAGAAGAUGCAGUUAAAGUUGAGAAGACAACAGAUAUUGAGAGACCAGCAAAUACUGAAAUAGAAGAGAUGACUGCAAGUCAGUCUGUGGCAGUGGAAUGGAAAACACCCUGCUGUAGGAGAGGCACAUUGCAUCCAAUACCUAAAUUAUCAAAAAGGAAAGAUGAUCCUUCAGAAAAUGACCUCUGUCAGCCCAGCUCUACACAGACCUCUGUAGCUACACCUCAGCAGUCCCUGGACCCUCAAGCAGUGGAAUGGUCUCUCAAAAGCAAUAUGCUGCCCAUGGACUCAGAUGAGAUGGAGAACUGGUGUGAAGGAGUUUCCCACAUGUUGCUGUCAGAUGCAUUUGUGCCCGUUUCUGAAGAGACUGGAGAGAACAGCACGGAGCUAAAAGUGUUUGUCUUAAGCAGUCCUCAUAAGGAUGAGCAAAUCGGUUUUAGUCCGACAAAGAGUGAGGAGACGCCCUCUGAAAUUUCAAGUGAUGUACACCAAUUAAAUACUACUUCUGACAUGCCAAAGUCAAAUGAGAGUCUGCCAGCAUCACAAGCAAAAAAAUCACCAGCAAGAAGUACAUUUCAGAUGACGUUAAGGUCACCUGAAAGAAGCCUUAAAGAUCAGCCUCAUAUGCUGAAGCCAACCCAAGCUGCUCCGACAACACCUCAGCGAACUCAGACAUCAAAGGUGAAAGAGUCCAUGGGAACUCCAACAAGACAACAAACAGGAGAGAUCUCAAGUGCGUGUCGGGUACAGCUAGAAAGGUUAUCUGUAGAGGAAAUCUGCAGUGCUCAAAGUGUCCUGCAACCAAAGCAUCACAGCACACCUGUCACUGUAAAACCCACUUCUAGAGGGAGUGAGAUGGACAAGGCAUCUCUGGUUUUGCAUGGAAGCAGAACCUCUGGUUUAGAAUCACAUGCUGAUGAGGAGCCGCCCAUGCCGCCAGGAUACUCGCCAAGGGUUGUCCUUCAUCGAAUACCAUUAACAGCUACUGAUGAGAACACUUCUACGCCUACUUUGUCCCCAGCUAGAAUGUCCACCACAACCUCCCGAACACUGGCAGAUCAUCAGUCGCCUCAAAACAGCCCUCCUGUCUCCGGUUUGGAUGCUGAUAAGAAUCCUGAUCAAGUGUCCCACUUCUUACUGGAUGACAUCUUCACUGAAGUUGUGGAUCCGGAUUGAUUCUUAUUUGGGAUGUUUUGGUUAAAUUUCACUGCUGCUGUUCCACUGUAUUGCACUAAAGUGGAUGAGGUGUAACCCUGUUACACUGUUAAUUAUAGACCUGUUAGAGAAUUGCUAGUAAUUAUAAAACAAUUUCUCUAAUUAAAUUUUGUUCAUGAAGGGAAAACCUAUAUUAUAUACAUUUCUGUUAUGAGGCCUUUGUCCUUUUUUGGUGAUGAGACAUGCAGUGAUACAGGUUAAGUCACAGCUCUGUUAUUUAUUUCUAUUUAUUUAAUGCUGAACAUCGCACCACUUUUAUCAGUGUGGUUUUUACUGACUGAUCUUGUUUUGUUCAGUGCAAAUAUGUUUUUAUGGUUACUGUAUGUUACUUUCAGUUGUUUUUCUUUCUGAGAGCAAAGCCCUUUUUGUGGGUUAUACCUUUCUCAAGUGAGAAUUCAUUAUAAAGAAUGUUCAUGAAUAAUUAGAUAUUGUCAGUUGUAUUUGCAAUUUGUGGUACAGUCUGGAUAUUGCCGUUAAAUUCUUAUUUUAA